AACUGUAAUCACAAAAUGCCUUCUGUAGGUCCUGUUACUAUUGCAAUGCCAGCAAAAACUGUAGCAACAGCCGCAGUUUCAGCCAAUCCUCAUCACUUCCCUUCUUCAUUGUCCAAUCAAAAUGGAGUUUCUAGUCAUGUGACCAGCAGUCCGCCACAAGACCCACCUACAACUUCAGUAUUGACCAAUGAGCAAGGCCAAGAAACAAAUCAGCAACUGCAAGGAUCGUCUAGUUUGGCAAACACUAAAGAGAAAACCCCAAUGUGUCUAAUCAAUGAGUUAGCCCGUUUCAACAGGGUGACCCAUCAGUAUACGUUAGUUGACGAACAAGGUCCAGCUCACAAGAAGACCUUUUUCGUCAAGCUACAGAUUGGUGAUAAGGAGGAGUAUUCUGCCUCGGGUCCCAGUAUAAAGAAGGCCCAACAUGCAGCUGCGGGGAUAGCUCUAGAGAAAACUGAGUUCAAGCACCCACCUCCUAAAUCAAGGAGAGGUGAAAUCAUAACUGAGGUUGAUGAUAUGAUGUCUAUUACACCAACAGUUGAACUCAAUUCUCUGGCGAUGAAAAGAGGAGAACCGGCUAUUUAUAGAAACAUUGAAAACAGAAAUCCACAGCCAAUGUACUACCAACAUAACUAUGACUUCCGGGGCAUGUACAAUCAGAGGUAUCAUUACAUGCGCCCUCCUAGAUCGUUCUAUGUUUCCCUGAAGGUUGGGACUCGUGAAUUCAUCGGUGAGGGUAUAUCAAGACAGACGGCUAGACACAACGCUGCGAAAAAAGCUCUAGAAAUACUACGCAGUUUGAAAAUACCAGAAAAUACGGAACAAAUUACGCAAGAAACCAAUUUUAGUGUUGAACCUACAAAAGACGUUCCUGAUGACGAUGAUGAUACCAAGUCAGAAAUUAGUUUAGUCCAUGAGAUAGCCCUCCGACACAAUCUACCUGUGUCGUUUGAUGUGAUACGAGAAUCCGGUCCACCUCACAUGAAGAACUUUGUAACACAGUGCCUUGUAGGAAGUUUUAAAACAGAAGCCGAGGGUAAUAGUAAAAAGUUGUCAAAAAAACGAGCUGCAGAUUUAAUGCUGAAAGAAUUACGAAAUCUCCCAUCUCUGCCUCCAAAUAUACCGAGACCGAAGACAAAACCUCCACCUACAAAGAAAAAGAAUAGAAAUCUAAUCAAGCAGAUGCAGAAAGCAGAUCCUACGUAUGGAGUGGGCAUCAACCCUAUAUCCCGCCUUAUACAGAUACAACAAGCCCAGAAAAAGAAGGAGCCUGUCUACACAUUACUGGCUGAGAGAGGUCUUCCUAGGCGUCGUGAAUUUGUCAUGCAGGUUCAGGUUGAUGAGCAGACUUGUACCGGUGUAGGACCCAAUAAAAAACUUGCGAAGAGGCAUGCUGCCGAGGCCAUGUUACAGUUGCUAGGUUACAAUAAACCCUCACCACAACCUGCCAAACCAGCUAUUAAAAUGCAAGGAGAUACCAGUAUGGGUGAAAAGAAAGUAACAUUUUCUGAUAUUAAUGAUGAACAAGGUCAGCAGGUUGUGAAUGGUAGUAGACAGAAGGUGCCUGGCUUGUUGGUUCUUCCUGAUAAUAAACGUAAUACAUACAGUCAUCUGAAAGGUGUCAAAGGUCAGUACACAGGUGGAGGUAUGGUGAAAGCUACAAACAGAGCAGAACAUCGUCUAAGGGAUGUGUGUGGGAGAAGUAACAUCGAGAUCAAGUUUGAUGAGUUUGCUGGUGCUAAUAAUCCGAGCGAGUUUUUAAGUCGACUCAUCAUUGCCUCCAACCCACCACACACCCUGCACGGGUCCGGCCCCACCCCAGAUGCUGCCCGAGAUGCUGCUUCUCUUACUGCUCUAAAGAUCCUCUCGGAAAUGGGCAUGGGAAAAGAUGAAGUUAACGUGAAUAUGGCUGCUGGUGAUGGGCCACAGAUAAAGGGCUAACUCAGAGAUGGUCAAAUUGAAAUAGACGGGUCAAGAAAACGAACGUUUUUUUUCAGCAAAUAUUAAUCGAUCAAGACAAUAAUAUGUAUAAAAUGCCAUUUAUGUAUGAACUGUUUCACAGUUCAGCUGUAAAUUGCGUUUGAGGAAUAUUUGCUAGGAACUGUUGGUUAUUUUGACCCGUGUAUAAUUAUGAUGUACUAUGAAGACAAGUAAAGUAUAUUUUAACAUGGAGGAAAACUAUAUUGUGUGCAAUACUUGAGACUUUAUUUACAAAUAUAGUUAACAGAUUGGGUAUUUCAAAUAUAUUUUUAGCGAGUAUUUCACACGAGUGUGUGUAUGAACAGUGUAAGGUGUUAUUCUAAAAAUAGUAUCCACACAAUUAUUUUUGCAUGCUUGUUAUUGGGAGUGUUUCUAGAGUUAGCUGCGUGUUGAUUUAUUUUGUGUAAUUUUGUUCAAAUGUAAAGUACAAACUCAUGAAAUAGAGAAAAAAAAAUACCAGAAAUUAUAAAUUGGUAUAUCUUGACUAAAAUAGUAAGAAAUAGGAACCUACAAUAUUGCAGCUUUUACAGUGUAGAUUUUUUUUCUCUACAAUGUUGAACUGAAAACAGAUUGUCAAGAUUCCUCAAAUGAGGUUUGAAAUUACUUUAUGGUACUGGAGUUGUUAUUUUGCAAUUGAGCCGCAUCAUGACAAAACCAACAUAAUGGGUUUGCGACCACCAUGGAUCCAGACCAGCCUGCGCAUCCGCGCAGUCUGAUCAGGAUUCAUGCUGUUCGCUAUCAGUUUAUUUACUUGUUAUAGGGUCUGUAAGCGAACAGCAUGGAUCCUGAUCAGAUCCAUGCUGGUCGCAAACGCAUUAUGUUGGUUUUGUCAUGGCACAGCUCAAUUAUAAUUUCUUAAGAAAAUAUGAUAUACUGUGAAUUUAUUUGAUUUUGUGGGCAUGAAGUUUCGUGGUUUUGUCAUAAAAAACAUUUUUGUGGCUUCUUUAAUUGGUUGAUUGACUUUUUAUUCAGAAGAAAUAAAUCAACAAAUAAUGUAAUGAUUUUACAGCCGGCAAAAUGAAAUUUGUCAGAUCUGAAAUUCAUGGACUGACCCAGACACGUAAAAACCAUGAAAAUUACUGCCCCACAAAAGAUAAUGAUUUUACAAUAACUGUGUAAGAUAUUCUAUAGUUGUUGAUUAUUAAAUAUUAGGAUAAUAGAUUUGUACUAGUAGAUUACAUUAACAUAUUUGAGAAUACCCAAUUGUUACAUAAAAUAUUUAAUUUUCCUUCAUGUUACAAUUAUUUCCACCAACAUUUAUUGUGUGGUUUUUGUAUUUCUUCAUAUAAACAGGAAUACAAAAAUGAUGUACAAUUUAUAUUUUUUUGUUUGUUGUAAAUUUUUGUAUUCUAUGCCAGCUUAUUGUUUUCUGAAUACAAAAAUCUUCAAUUUUUUUUUUUUUACAAGACAAGAAGACAUGUUAUAUUUGUCAUUUAGUAAAUUAUCAGUGGUAUCAGGGUAUAGUUGUGGUAUAUUAUAAUGUGUACAAGGGAUUCUGUGGCAGAAUUGUAUACCCUAGGUAGUGAACUUCAAAGGACCUGCCCCAUUGUUAGUGUGGGUUUGAAUUCUGUUUAAGAUGUUGGAUUAUUUCAUAUAAGGAAGCUAUUCUGAAUUCACUUAAUUUUGUGGGCAUGAAAUUUUAUGAUUUUGUCGAAAGAGACGAAUUUAGUCUUGUUUUUAUUUUACAGUCACCUAAUUGAUUUUUCCUGUCACACAUUAUAAUACUACUCUUUACAUCAUAUACAUGUAUAUAUUAAUAUGUACUUUGAAAAUAGAGGCAAGCUUUUGCAAGUUUCAAUUAUAGAUGAUGCUUUCAGCUGCCUUGUUCUAUAUAAUGCACAUAUUUUGAUGUAUUACUAAAUGACAAAAUGGUCUUCUUCUUUUUGUUUCAAUGUUUUAUUUAUGACUGUUGGAUGUCUUCAUAUUCAAUCAUUAAAUGCUUCAAAGGUGCUCAUUCACAGUGCUGUCAAAUGUUGAUUUGAUUUUGAUUUGAUAAAGGAGGGAUGGACUUGUUAAUGAUUUAAUUUGUUUGAAACACCAUGAGUGUUAUUGAAAUUUUUGUGGAAACUACAAAUGAAGUUUUUUUUCUGGGUCUGUACUGCUGCAUGUUUAACAUCCAAUUAUUUUGUUAAUGACAUUAUUCAAAACUAAAUACCAGAUCCAAAGUCAAAACUAGUGAUAUGAUCCAAAUUCUUAAACAAGUUCAGUUAAAAACAUAAAGAGUGUAAGAUUAACAAAUCAUCAUAUCUGAUGCCGUGGAUGAGCAUCUUUCUUUUAUAUGCUAUAUGUUUGCAAAUAUCUAGUCUUUUUUUUAAGUCCCUUAUUACUGUAAAAACUGCUCUUACAGUUGAGACAAAAAAAAAUUAAAAAUUUUCUCUGUCUUAGAAAAGAUUACAUAUUACACAUAGUGUUCUUUUUAUGUACGUCUAACAUAGCUGUGUUAUGUAAGGUUACUUCAGAUAAAAUGACAAGUUCACUUGCAAUGUGUUUUAUAGAUUUUGUCUUAUUUACUUACACAAAAUGUGAUAAUAGAAUGAAAUAAAACCAUGGAGAUUCAUUUUUUUUUGUUCUACAAAGUUAUUUAUUUUUCUCUAGCCAUAUCUCGACAUUGUAACAUACUUCUACAUGAAAAUUAUUAUUAUCAUUUUAUAAGCCUGAAAAAAAUUCUUGUUAAAAUAUAAUUUAAGUAUCUAAAUGUUUUAGGAGAAAUUUUUAUGUAGCAUUGUUGGAAAAUAGUAUGACUGUUAUGUAAAGUUAUAUUAAGAAUGGGUUAUUUUCCAUAUUUAUUGUAAACUAACCCAUUUUUUUGGCUUCAUAUCAUUAUAUUAUUUUUUUCUUACUAAAUAUCUACAGAUGCAUUUACAAAUAUUGUAUUAUCACAAAGGAAAAAGUUCAUGUUUAUUUUUCCAUAUUUAGAUAUAUUUAAUAUUUAACUAAUUUUGUUUGAUAUAUGUUUGGUCUAAUGAUGUUAUCCGGAACUUGGCAAAUUUUGAUUUUUCCAAGCUAGUCUUCCAGUAGCAACAAACUUUUACCAUUACAGCUUCAUAAAGCACUAUUGCUUACAAUAGAUAAGUCAUUGUGCGUCACUUAUUUUCGAAGCUAUAACUGUAAAAAUUUGUUUGUACCCCCUGAUUAGCUUGGAAAAACCCAAAAUAUUCUUAUUUGCGGAGUAAGUCAGUCAAGGUUAACCUUUACCCUUGCCUAAUGAUAAUUAGACUUUGCCACUAGUAUAAAGCCAGGCCAGCCUGCAUACCUGUACAGUUUGACAAAGAUUUAUACAAUUGGCUAACUUUGUAUUUCCAUAUAAAUAUCUCAUAAUUGAUAAUGGACUGUCGCCACCCCACAAAAUAGAUAUGCAAACUUGACCAGUACUUUUAAGAAAUUCAGCAGGUUAAGCGUCAACGAGUGAACUUUUUAAAACAAACAUGAUUUAUCAUUUUUGAUAGUUGAUAUAAUUAAAUAACUGUAAAAGCGGAUGUUUCCAAAAAGUUCGCGAAUUUAAAAUUCCAGACAUUUCGCAUGAAGAAAUAUUAGCCAAUCAUGUAAGGGUAGAAUUUUAAUGACAGAUUGGUUGAUAUUACGCUAGAGAAAAUUUUAGCGAUUUUGUCAAUUCAUGAAAUUCGCCAAUAUUUCCGUAUCAGCAGCUUAACCACUUACACAGUAUAUGGUUGAUGGCAAGGUACAUUGCUGCCUGCCACAGAUGAAGUUACAAAAAAUACUUUUUUAAAACCUUUUUUACUUAGGUGUAUUAAAAGCAAUUGUGUUUUGUAUCAUGUUGGUUUCAUAAUUGUGUUUUCGGGUUGUAUAUUAUUAAGAUGAGUGAUCAAGAAUGCUUUGUUUUGUUGUGUGUCAUGUGAGACUGAUUAUACAUGUAUAUUAAAUUUAACACAGCUGAUCAUUUACAGUACUAGCAGGUAACCAUUUAACAUAACUAUAUUUAUAGUAAAAUUGCUGAAGUUUCAAAUUUAAAAAUUGGACAUGUCCAUUAUAGAAUUUGUUUUUUUGUUUGUUUUUUUUGUUUGUUUUUUUUUUUUGGGGGGGGGGGGGGGUUAAUGUAAGGGUUAACGUAAUUAAGAUUUUGGCUUUUAUAUGAUAUUUGUAUGAUAUAAUAAAAUUGACCUUCAAACUUUGACAGUUACAUUUGACACUGUGUAAUUGAAUAAAUGUUAAUAUAAUUUGUACAUUAUAUGAAAUUUUACAAUCUCCCUUACUUUGAAAGAUGUAACCCCCAUCAGAUUCUUACAUGGUUUGUCUUUGAAAAUGAUCUGAUGAUUUCUAUUAUGCUUCCUCAGAAUUUUUCGAUAGAGCAUAUAGUUGCUGAGUUGUCUUUCCAUCCGUCCGUCUGUCUGCCACUAUAACUUACAGUUACUCAUAGCACCUUGAUUUAUAAACUUAUCCUUUAGAUAUUUGAUGUGUUGGUACCUUCUGUGAACCUCGACCAUAAGAUGGGGUCACGGUCGGGGUCACUGAGGUUGAAAAAUUGAUUUUCACACUAAAGGUAGUGAUUUUAGUUUUCAACAAAGUCCUAUCUCUUGAUUUUUAAAAUUUGAACUAUAUACAUGUAUGUACAUUGCAUUUCUUCUUGUAGUAACACAGCUAGAAUGAAAGAUACAUAUCUAUUCGAGUUUUGAAAUGUUAAAGGCAUUCACCUAGGUUUUAGUGGGGGGGGAUUCGUUUUUCUUUUUUUUUAGAAAAAAAGUUAGUAAUUCUUGUUAUCAUAUUGUAGUUGAAAUAAUACGUUCCGCUAAUGAAGUUGAAAAUAUGGAGUAAUUUCUUGCUUAAAAGAAACAUAUUUUUUUUUAUCUUGUUUGCCUUUAUUAUUAUUCACAUUAUAUUUCUUUGAUUGAAGAAAAAAAAGCAUGUGAUUUUAAAUUGUUUAAUGUACAGUAUACUACUUUUACACUUCAAUUAUAUGAAUGCAGAAAUAAAAAUGAGGAUUUUUUUACAUGUUUUAACAGUAUGCUUCUUGAGUGAAUUUAUGUCAUUUUGAAUUAGUGUGUUACUUUAUAGAUGAAUGUUUGUUAGAUAAGUGUAUAAAAUAAUUGUUUUAUGAGUUAAUGCGUGGGUUAAUGCAAUAUAAAAUAACAUGUUUAAAAACAAAAAUAAAAAUAGCAAUGCAUGAUA